GUACGUCCUAGCGGGUGAGGGUGCAGGCACCAUCUUCGCCAUCAACGAAUUAACAGGCGACAUCCACGCCAUGAAGAGGCUGGACCGCGAAGAGAAGGCCGAGUAUACGCUAACAGCCCAGGUCGUUAACGCCGACACAGACGAGCCCUUGGAGCCGCCGUCCGAGUUCAUCAUCAAAGUCCAGGACAUUAACGACAAUCCGCCGCAGUUCAACGAAGGGCCGUACCGAGCCUCUGUUCCAGAAAUGUCUGCUGUCGGUACUCCAGUUACCCGGGUAACAGCUACAGAUGCCGAUGAUCCGGUAUAUGGGAACAGCGCUAAACUUGUCUACAGCAUACUGGAGGGACAGCCGUAUUUCUCUGUAGACCCCAACUCAGCGACCAUAAAAAUCGCUCUCCAUGGGAUGGAUCGGGAGAUGAGAGAGGAGUACCUGGUGGUCAUUCAGGCGAAGGACAUGGGAGGUCACAUGGGAGGCUUGUCUGGAACCACGACUGUCACCGUCACGCUAACGGACAUCAACGACAACCCGCCAAAGUUCUCUAAAAGUCUGUAUGAGUUUGUGAUCCCUGAAGACCUACCGAUAGGGAAAAUGGGCGGCAAGGUGAAAGCAAAUGACAGAGACAUCGGCGAGAAUGCCAAGUCAACAUACAGCAUCAUUGAGGGAGAUGACCAAGGCAUGUUUGAGAUUAUUACCGACACACAGACACAAGAAGGGAUUCUUCGACUGAAAAAGUCAAUAGACUACGAGAGCAAGCGAGCCUACACCCUGAAAGUUGAAGCCACCAACAUCCGCUCUGAGCCCGGCAGUGGCGGGCCCUUCAAGGACACAGCUACAGUAAAGAUUACGGUGGAAGACGCUGACGAACCCCCUGUUUUCUUCAAACCAGUGUACUUACUGGAAGUAAAUGAGAAUGCUCCCAUCAACACGGUCAUAGGCACGGUCACGGCCAGAGAUCCAGAUUCUACCGGAAGCCUUGUCAGGUACUUCAUCGAUCGGCACACGGACCUGGAGAGGCAGUUCAACAUCAACGUGGAUGAUGGGAAGAUCACACUGGCCAAACCGCUGGAUCGGGAGACGGACAUGUGGCACAACAUCACAGUAACCGCCACAGAAGUCAGAAACCACAGUCAGAUAUCAAGGGCGAUUGUGGCUAUCCGAGUAAUGGACAUUAACGACAAUGCCCCUGAAUUUGCCACGGAAUACGAGGCCUUUCUGUGUGAAAAUGGAAAACCUGGACAGGUGAUCCAGACCGUUAGUGCAGUGGACAAAGACGACCCAAUCCAGGGUCACUACUUUGACUACCGUCUAGUCCCGGAGAUGCUCAACAACCCCAAUUUCACCAUCAAAAACAACCAAGACAAUUCAAUCAGUGUCCUGGCCAAGCACGAUACCUUCCGGCGACAGAAACAGGAGAUGUACUUCCUGCCAAUCAUUGUGACGGACAAUGGGAAUCCACCAAUGAGCAGCACCAACACCUUGACAAUCCGAGUCUGUGGGUGCAGUAAGGACGGCAUUGUCCAGUCCUGCAAUGUUGAGGCCUACGUCUUACCGAUCGGCCUUAGUAUGGGAGCUCUCAUUGCCAUCCUGGCCUGCAUUAUACUUCUAUUAGUUGUACUAUUUGUGACCCUGAGGAGACACAAGAAUGAGCCCCUCAUUAUAAAGGACGACGAAGACGUUCGGGAGAAUAUCAUCCGUUACGACGAUGAAGGAGGCGGCGAGGAGGACACGGAGGCUUUCGACAUCGCAACGCUGCAGAACCCGGAUGGCAUCAACGGUUACCUGCCUCGCAAGGACAUCAAGCCCGACCUGCAGUUUAUGCCCCGGGCAGGCCAACACUCUGGUCCAAAUGGCGUGGACGUGGACGAAUUCAUAAAUGUAAGGCUCCACGAGGCAGACAAUGACCCCACAGCACCGCCUUACGACUCCAUCCAGAUCUAUGGGUAUGAGGGUCGGGGAUCCAUUGCCGGCUCCCUCAGCUCGCUGGAGACGGCGUCGUCAGACUCGGACCAGAACUAUGACUAUCUCAGAGAGUGGGGCCCACGCUUCAGAAGACUUGGGGAGCUCUACUCUGUGGGCGAGAGCGAUCGCGAGACCUGACCUUUGGUUUAUUAGAAAAAAAGACCUUUUCCAAAUUUUCUUUUAUGUCCACAUACUUGUGUAUUAAAUGCUAGGGGGUUUGCUGGCUUUUAGAAACUGGUGUUUAAAAAGAGAAAACAGUUAAUAAGAAGGGAGGCCACCUUUUUGUAUUCUUCUUAGAGUGAGGUAUAGCAGUCGUCAUCCACUAUGUCAAGCGCAUUGUAAUUGUUGAGCCAAACAAUGUCUUUAUUAGGAGAUCUAUGAUUCUUGUGGAGUGUAACUUAGAUUCCGUUGUGGAGUGUCUAGCAGUAUUUUGGGUGUUAGUCAUUUGCCGUGAC